ACCNAGGCAUUCAACAAGACGUGACAUCUCUUACGGGAAUUAUUGACUGUGCUGAGUUUGACACUGAACAAAUUUCACAAUAUCUCAUUGCUGUCAUUUCGGAAUGCCAAAACCUAGCCAGCUGGAUGGAAACCACCGCCUCCACACGUGUGUCGUACCCAAUGAAGGAUACCGUGGACGUGUACAUUGUUAGUGGACGUGACAUGUUGCAGGCAAUGGGACAAGAUUCAAGGAAAAGCUAUGCUGCCUCGAUGAAUAUACUAGACGAGAAACUUCGGGACAUUUCGACAACAGCCCUUCUGACAUUCAAAACCUACCAUGACCAUUUGACUAACGCACUUGCCCAACCGUUGAACACAGACACGUUACGCCUUGUUAAAGCCAAGUACAACGAGUGCCUCUCAAAGGUGAUCAGCCAACUUCCAUCUAUCAACAACGUAGCCCAGCGAUACACGUCAUCCUUGUACAACGGCAGGGAACAUAUUAAUUCCGCCCUGUACGGACUGUUGGACAGACCAGAAAUAAACUACGUUUCAUCCCACGCUGCUUCCGCUUACAAAUUCUGGGAAGUUGAAAAGAAUACAGAGGCGGCCAUUACAAGCGUGUACGAUUACGUCAUCGAAAUAAUUGAGGAAGAAAUUGAAGCGCUAAAAUCCGUCAUCACUGACCUUGAGAAGACUAAGAUAACUGUAUUCGACCCUGUGAAUGGCGAAGUUCAAACUGACACUUACCUUCUUGUGCCCAUGAAAUCUCUGAAAGCUCUACCAAGCAUUGACGUCACCCAACACUUCAACAAAAUUCGUUCGUACAUUCCGGAUACCAGCGAGUGGGGAUCCGUCUCUGAUUACGUGCCAUCAUCAGAUGUUAACACCUGGAUGCCACCUUUCGAUGGUAAGCACUAUAAAGUUAAAAGAAGUUACAAAUUAUAAUUUGGUGAAACAUUCAUAGUGAGCAAAUCUGUCUCAGGAUUAUUAUUUAUGACAAAAGCAGUCAUUUCGUAUUGGUAGCAAAAGCUGUUACUAUAUAUCAACGUUAAUAUUAAUCGACUUAUCGUAUUAAAGUCUCGCAGACAAACUUUCAUUCA